GUGACAAUAAAGCGAGCGUAGUUGAAGCACCCCCCCCCCUCGCUGCCACCGAACCAUUUCUCUUUCUCCUCUCUCCUCAAUCCCCUCGGCAGCAGCAGCUGCAGACCCCAGCUCAUGGCCACCGUUCGAGGCGUCUGCAAUGGCCUUGGGGAUGUGGAGGAGGUCGACGACGGCGCUCCGUCGUGCCAGGAGGCCUCGAUGUCCGCCCGCCCCGGCCUCAGCCCCGCCGCUCCUGUGCCCUCGACUCAAGCUCCAUCAUCAGCAGCAACAACAACAACAUCGGCGUCGUCUCCUCCUGCGCUGUCCACCAUGGCGGAGUACCUUGAGGGUGGUGGUGGUGGUGGCGCGGCCUACGUGAACGGCGCCAGGCGGCGGUCCGUGGGCCACCAUCCCUACCGCAACAGGGCCAUGUCUGAGCCGGAGAGGAUGGCCGACUUUCUCAUCAGCGGAGGCACAGGAUACGUUCCAGACGACGGCAUGACCGCGCAGCAGCUGUUCGCCGGUGCGGAUGGACUCACGUACAAUGACUUCCUCAUCCUUCCCGGCUUCAUCGACUUCAGCGCGGAUGAAGUGGACCUGGCGUCGGCGCUCACCAAACAGAUCACCCUCAAGACCCCGCUCGUCUCCUCCCCCAUGGACACGGUCACCGAGUCCAGCAUGGCCAUCGCCAUGGCGCUCAUGGGAGGUGUGGGUGUGAUUCACCACAACUGCACUCCUGAGUUCCAAGCCAACGAAGUCCGGAAAGUGAAGAAGUACAAGCAGGGCUUCAUCACAGACCCCGUGGUGCUGAGCCCGGCCCACUCGGUGGGCGACGUGUUCGAGGCCAAGGCGCGCCACGGCUUCUCGGGGAUCCCCAUCACCGAGACGGGGCGCAUGGGCGGCCGCCUCGUGGGCAUCAUCACCUCGCGCGACAUCGACUUCCUCACCGAGAAGGACUACAGCAUGGAGCUCUCAGAGGUGAUGACCAAGCGGGAGGACCUGGUGGUGGCGCCGUCUGGGGUGACGCUCACGGAAGCCAACGAGCUCCUGCAGAGGAGCAAGAAAGGCAAGCUGCCCAUCGUGAACGAGAAGGACGAGCUGGUGUCCAUCAUCGCACGCACCGACCUCAGGAAGAGCCGCGAAUACCCGCUUGCCUCCAAGGACGAGCGCAAGCAGCUGCUUUGCGGCGCCGCCAUCGGCACCCGCGAGGACGACAAGUACCGCAUCGACCUGCUCGCCCAGGCCGGGGUCGACCUCGUCGUGCUGGACUCCUCCCAAGGCAACUCCAUCUUCCAGAUCCAGAUGAUCCGGUACAUCAAGCAGAAGUUUCCGGACCUGCAGGUGGUGGGCGGCAACGUGGUGACGGCGGCGCAGGCGAAGAACCUCAUUGAUGCCGGCGUCGACGCUCUGCGCGUGGGCAUGGGCAGCGGCUCCAUUUGCAUCACGCAAGAGGUGAUGGCGGUGGGGCGCCCCCAGGGCACGGCCGUGUACAAGGUGGCGGAGUACGCGCGCCGCUUCGGCGUGCCCGUCAUCGCCGACGGCGGCAUCCAGACGGUGGGGCACAUCAUCAAGGCGCUCGCGCUGGGGGCCUCCACCGUGAUGAUGGGCUCCCUGCUGGCCGCCACCACGGAGGCCCCGGGCGAGUACUUCUUCUCGGACGGCGUGCGGCUCAAGAAGUACCGUGGCAUGGGCUCGCUGGACGCCAUGGAGAAGAACAAGGGCAGCCAGAGCCGCUACUUCAGUGAGAACGACAACAUCAAGGUGGCACAGGGCGUGUCCGGCUUGGUGCAGGACAAGGGCUCCAUCCAGAAGUUUGUGCCGUAUCUCCUCGCCGGCGUGCAGCACGGCUGCCAGGACAUCGGGUCAAAGUCCCUCUCCAUGCUGCGCUCCAUGAUGUACUCUGGGGAGCUCAAGUUUGAGAAGAGGACCAUGUCGGCACAGGUGGAGGGGGGAGUGCACGGACUCUACUCCUAUGAGAAGCGCCUCUACUGAGUCGGAUGGGGAGCAGAAGCAUCAGCAGCAGCAGGAGGUGACACCGUGGUUGCCCGGUUCCUGCUGCAGUUUCCCCCCCACCUCUCCCUGCCCACCCCCUCCCCGGCCUCUGACCUUGGCAUGGGUCGUCUUGACGCACAAGAAGAAAAUAAAUAAAUGCAACUUUUAAAAAAGAUAACGUGGUAAAAACGCAACGAAGAGGUUGAGAAAUACUGCGUCCGAACGGAGGGGGUUCCUGACGGCCCCCCGUCCCGUCCCGCUUGCUGUGCUGCCCCCCACCCCCCGUGUAAGUGCCUGCCGCUUGGCGGAACCGCCAAGCGGACCGGCAGAGCGGCCAUGACAGAGAAGCCCAGAGUGGAGCGGUCGCCAAGCGUUGCCAUCCCUCCUCUUUGUCGUCGUCGUCACGUGCAGCUCCGGUCCCGAUAUCGAUCGCCACUGACGGUAGCCGUGGCCGGGAAUCGACCUUCGGCAAUGACGAGCGAUGUCACCGCGGUACUUGACCACCCAGGCAAGCAUCGGCGAGUACCAAGACCCUCUUAUGAAGAGGUUCUUGCUCGAGACGUUUGGCCAAUUUACUUUUUUUCAGUGUUUUUGUUUCAUGAGCUCGGUGAGAUGUAGAGGAGUUGGCCUAAUACACACCGUAUGGGGGGGGGGCAUCCACAGUGGAGGCCCUUCUGCCAGCAGCAGUGCGAGCCAGCGGUUACCGCAGGGCUGCGCCAAACAACUCAAGGGGAUGCCCCCAUGUGUGCGAUGAGGUUAGCACUCAACGCUCGGUCUGUUAUUAUAUACCUACUUGCUCUUCUGCCCUGCUUGCCCGGAGUCGGCAAAACACUGCCGCGGUGGUGGUGGCGGCGGUGUCGUCGCGUAAACGUGCCAACAGUGAACGUCGCCGGCGCACGGCAAAGUUCCGUGGGACCCCGGCGGUGUUUUGUAUUUUUUAGGCCUCGAAUCCGUGGGCCCCACGUGCGGUUGUGUUGAGCUCGUGGCGAUUGCGAGGCCGCGAUUUUAAAUCCCGGUUUGGCGCGGAAGUCGACACGGCCCAUCAUCGGUCCCUCCCUCCGGAGCCGAUUCCAACCAGCACCGAUUCCAACCAGCACCGCUUUGUGUGCAAAGUCAACGGCGGUUUGUCCUGUGGAUAAACACAGACACAACCACCCCCACCGGCCGCCGCCAGAGGAAUGUGGAAUUUCCACCGCAGGCUCUGCAGAGCUGUCAACAGAUGAGCCACCAAUGCCUCGAUGCUCCUUCGAGCAGGAGGUCACUUUGACCAUUUGUUUUGUCAAAGUCCAGUGCACAGGCACGCGUACUGCAGGGCACGCUUACUCCAUGCACGCACAGACCGCCCUGCAGCUACCCGAGAACGGCUCGCAUCACAGCUGUUUUAAUUAAUCAAAAUCGAACAAAUCCAACUUGGCCAGCGGCACAUAUCUCGUCGGCGGUGGCAUUCGACGGCGCCUCGACAUCCUUGUCUUGUGAUCCGGAGCUUAAAUACAUUUCGGCACGCCACGUCCACCGUUUCUUUCGCUCCGACCGUGGUGAUGGCUGUCACCACGCGCACGCCAGGCACACCACAUCCAGCACGACUCUCGCUCCGAACCGUGGAGAUGGCGGCUUCGUCAAGCCAUCGCCAACGAGCCGGAACCACUAUUUUUUUCACGCACCCGGCGGCGCACCACCGUCCGUCCAUAGCUCUCGCUCCCGGCCGUGGUGACUGCCGCUUGUCGCGUUGCUGCCUGCGCCGGUCGACAGCAGCAGCCCACGAAAAACACCCGGUGAGAAAUGAAGCUCUUUUCGUAACUUUGUAGUUUUUUUAUAAACAAACAAGUGGGAGACCGCGUGCUGGUGGUGCGUCGUUACUGCCGGCUCGCCCCUGCGUCUACGGCGACCGGUGCCGUGGGAGGGAAUCCACACAAAGUGUGGAUUUUUCCUCCGCCCGUUUUUUUUGCCGAAGCCUCCAACAGCGAAUUUGUGUCGCAGCGGAAUCCCAGCCGCUUCGCCACGACGACGUAGAAUUUGUACCGCGCGACAAACCAGAGGCGCGUGACGCAAGGCUGCAAGAACCAACUGCACGCCAACAGUUGCCCAAGUUCUGUGGACCUACAUUGAGACGAGUGUUUGUACGCGCGAGAAAUCAAACACCGGCUGGGCGGGUGGUGGUAAUGCUCGCCCCCCCCCCCCUCUCGUCAUGCACGUGGCGUUUAAUCCAAUUUCUCAACUGCCACGUGUGAUGGGACGUCACGGUGACGAGGUGUUGGCUGCGUCGAUUUUGCGCUUGGCGCCGGCAGUGCCCGUGUCCGUUGGCUGUCGCCAAGGCCCGGCACCGCCGGCGUGAGCGUCGCGGGGGAUGAUGAUGGCAAUGUUGGUAACGAUGGUGGUGAUUUUGGUCGUGUCCCGCUGUUGUUGAGCUGUAGAUGCUAAUGAUAAUGCUGGUGAAGAUGUUUCAUUGUUGGGCUGUCGGUGGUGGUGGUGAUGAUCAGGGCUUGAUAUUUCGCUCGGUGUUUCCGGAACGCUGCCGUGCUGGCAUGUAAUGUGGAUUCGGGCAUGACCACGACAGGACGAGGUAUGACCUCUCUUUAAUAAUCCGACCAACCAAUGGGUUUAGGACAAACCUAAAGGAGGGGAAUGGCUGUGGCAGGGCCAACAUAAUUCCCGGACGCAGCGUUCCAGACUGUCCUGGCUAAAAUCAAGCACAAGGUGGUGAUUACGGUGGUGAUUACGAUGGCGAUGGUUGUGUUUUUUUCCGUUGGACUGUAGGCUACGAUGAAACGAUGCCCUCGACAAUGUCUGGCUGUUGGUCUCGUGACGACGAUGAUGACGAUGUUACGCUUACCGCUGUUUCAGUGUCUUAGGCAUCCGCGUGAACACGUGCGCAACUUUUUGCGAGGGCCCUGUGCGGAACGG